AUGGAAUGCAUGGCAUUUGACAGGACGAUACGAUCGACAAUCCUUUGCUUUGAUCUCUUUUAUGCGGGAGCUGAUUCAGCCAUGAAGAAACGAUUGCAAAAGGCAUUGGAUGUAAUGCGUAGUGCCAUUGAUAUUUUUGGGCUUGAAGGUGUGUGCUUCAGUUUUAAUGGUGGAAAAGACUCGACGGUUGUACUCCACUUGCUUCGAAUUGUCAUAGCUAAACGAGUACUGGAUGACGCGAAUCUAGGAUGUCUUAAGGCUGUACAAGAAGCUGAAGGUGGCACAACUGUUACGUCACCACGAAAUAGUUUUGUUUCGGCGGAUAUUCUGGACGAAAACGAGCUAGAAGCUCGUGUCCAAGCACAAUUGCAACAAGUGCCAGUGAUGUAUUUUGACUCGUACGAUCAGUUUCCUGCAGUGCGUGAGUUUACAGAAAAGUGUACAAUGAAAUACAGUCUCAAUUGUUACGUGUACAAGUGUUCGUUUGUGGAAGGAGUGAAGGAUGUGUUGGAGAAACUCAAGAUUAAAGGCGUGUACAUGGGUGUGCGUGGUGGAGAUCCAUAUACAGAGGACAUGGAACACUUUUUACCUAGCAGUCCAGGGUGGCCGCCAUUUUUGCGUGUAAAUCCGAUCUUGCGGUGGACGUACGAUGAUGUGUGGAGUUUUUUGCGUGACUGUCAGUUGGAAUAUUGCCCCUUGUACGACCACGGAUAUACGUCGCUAGGAAAUAUAUUCGAUACUGUGCAAAACCCAGAGCUUUGGCGGAAGGGUGAGAUCGGUAAGGAGGGAUAUUAUCUGCCUGCAUAUGAACUUAAGGAUGGAAAUUUGGAGCGCUGUGGACGACAGAAGAAGGCACACACGACAUCAAAGUCCGAGUAA